UCCUCAACGACGCUGCCGCUGACAGUCAUCACUGACCAGCUCGAGAAAUACAGACGAGGAUGAACAGUUGCUGAGAUAAAGCAGGAAACCCGAGGGCAACACCGGAGGGACCGAGCGGAGAUUAAACCUCAACGUUGCUAUUCGGCAGUUGCGAUGGUCCAGUCAAGGGACAUCUGUCUAGCCUUGCUUCUCGUGGGCUUCGCAGUGUCAUUGGAAGUGCAGAUCACUCCAAGCUACGGUGAGAUUAGUCUUGGGGAGUCCAAAUUCUUCAUGUGUGAAGUUGUAGGCGUUGCCAAGCAAAUAGACUGGUUCGGACCUAGCGGGGACAAGAUAGAACCGAACAGACAAGACGUGACAGUAACCCGCAACGAUGAGUCAUCCUCCACCCUCACACUGUACAAAGCCGGGACAGAAAACGAAGGGACAUACAAGUGCGUCGCCACCAUUGGAGACCAGCAAGCAGAGUCAACUGUCAAAGUGAAAAUCUUCCAAAAAAUCACCUUCACAAACGCGCCUUCACCCCAAGAGUUUUCAGAAGGAGACAUUGCCAACCUUGUGUGUGACGUCGUCAGUUCGCCUCCACCCUCUGUCUUCUGGAAAUAUAAAGGCGCAAAAAUAGAAAUGGAAAAAGAUGUUCGCUUCAAAGUACUGACCAACAAUCACUUUCAAAUCCGUGGCAUAAAGAAGACAGACGAGGGCUCAUAUACCUGUGAGGGUCGCCUCAUGGCCCGCGGUGAGAUUGGUCUGCGGGUCAUCAAGGUCGUUGUGAACGUACUCCCGACCAUCAGGGUGUGGCAGUCAGAGGUAAAUGCCACAGCAGAUAUCGGGCAGCCGGCCAUGUUAACGUGUGCUGUUGAUGGCUAUCCUGAACCCAUGGUGACCUGGACAAGGAACGAAGUGGUUCUCGAGGCAGGAGAGAAGUACAGCUUUAAUGACGAUGGCUCAGAAAUGACAUUCAUGGAUGUUACCAAGCUGGAUGAAGGAGACUACGCCUGCAUUGCCAAGAACAAGGCUGGGGAAAGUGAGAAGGAGCUCAGUCUGAGGGUGUUUGUCAUACCUAAGAUCACAUACAUCGUAAACCAGAGCACUUCAGAGAUGGUGGACCAGGUAACUCUGACUUGCGAGGCAUUAGGAGAUCCGACUCCCACCAUCAGCUGGAGUUCCGGUGAGCACGUCUUCACUGAAGGAGAGCAGGCACAUCUAAACAGGAUCUAUCAGGCAUCAUGGACUCGGCCCGAGCAACACAAGAGCCUGGAUGGAAAUAUCGUGGUGAGAAGUGAUGCUCGUGUGUCCUCCCUCACUCUGAAGUAUGUCAAGUAUACAGACGCGGGUCAGUACCUGUGCACGGCACGCAGCGCCAUUGGAGAGGAUGAACAGCCGGCGUUUCUGGAGGUCCGCUAUGCCCCUAAGAUUCACGGUGCAGUGGCAUUAUAUACGUGGGAGGGAAACGCUGUCAAUAUGAGCUGUGAGGUCAAGGCUCAUCCCAGUGAUGUGUCUAUUGUGUGGCUGAGAGAUGGACUGCAGCUCCCCAACUCAAACACCACCAACAUCAAGAUAUUCAGGAGUCCAUCAGCCUGCUACCUGCAGAUAACCCCGGAGUCCGAAAAUGACUUUGGGAGCUAUAACUGCACUGCUUCAAAUGAGAUCGGCACAGAGUCCAAGGAGUUCCUGCUCAUCCAGGCCGAGGUGCCAUCGGCUCCAUCCAUCAGUGAGGUGAAACCCUUCUCCACCACGGCACAGAUCCAGUUUGAGGAGCCAGAGUCCGUUGGAGGUGUUCCUGUCCUGAAGUACAGAGCGGAGUGGAGGACUCAGGGCCGGGGCAGCUGGGUAAACCGGGUCUAUGAAGUCCAAGAUGGCCACACCAGUGAGGCGACUAUCACGGACCUGAAGCCAGAGAGCAGCUACGAAGUGAAGCUGUCAGCCAUCAACGGCAAGGGUGAAGGUGAAAGCAGCGCCGCUGAGUUCUUCAAGACGGAGCCUGUCCGCUACACUUACAAAAACGGCAUUUUUCCUUUUUUCACUGAAGACACAGUUCUGAUGGUGCCCCUCCACUCAGCAGAAGGGAAUCCCAAUCCUCCUAAACUUGAAGGGGCACUUCAACCCAAAGGCAACUUCCUCAAAGUCCGCUGGGUCAUGCAGGACGACGGCGGCUCGCCCGUUUUACAUUAUCUGGUCCGAUAUAAACCAAUACAGGUGUCAGAGUGGAAACCAGAGAUCCGGCAGCCCAGCGGCAGCGACCACGUCGUUCUCAACGGGUUGGAGUGGGACACAGAGUACAAUGUCUACGUGGUGGCAGAGAAUCAGAAGGGCAAGUCCCAGCCAGCCACCAUGUCCUUCAGGACGCCCACACAGCCCGAUGCCAUCCCAGAUGUGGGAGAUGAGGAAGCGCUCUCCAUGGGCACCGUGCUCUGGGCUGGGAUCCUUGUCGGAGCAUUUGUCCUCCUGCUGCUCGCUGUGGAUGUCACCUGUUACUUUGUCAACAAAUGUGGCCUCAUCAUGUGCCUCUGCAGUAAAUCAGGUACAGGGACCAAAGGACACAACGUGGAGGAGGGCAAGGCAGCCUUCAUGAAAGACGAGUCCAAGGAGCCAAUCGUGGAAGUCAGAACAGAAGACGAGUGCACAGCCAAUCAUAACGCAGCAGGACCGACAGAACCCAAUGAAACCACGCCUCUCACAGAGCCGGAGCGGCGGGCUAACACUGCUGCUCUGGCACUGGACACCCUCUCCUCCGUAGCCACCGACUCUGACACGGCCACAGUUGACCCCGCUCAGGACAGCCCCUCUAGCGAGACCACGACCCUCACUUGUAGUCUGUCUACCCCGGCCAACGACCCCUCGCCCACCCUUGUUCGGGCUCCGGCCCCCACUCCAGAGUCGAACACGGCCCCUCCCGCUCCCUUCAUCUCCACCUCUGCCAUCGAAGCCAAAAUGGCCCCGUUAGUAGAACAAAGAGGAAGUAGCAACCCGGAAGAACCGGAGAAAGUAACCCCUCCUCCUUGCACCCCCGAAUGGACGAUAGCUCAAAAAUCGGGGACGCCGAUACCACCGAAGCGUAGAAACUCUCCUAAACUUGCAGCUUUGAAUGCGAAAGGUAGCCCGCCUGUAUCUCCACUGAUUGCAUCUUCGUCGCCACCCUCCCCGACACUUGACACCAGUAAACGUGCUCCGAGGCCGCCGGUCGGCAAGCUUCCCAUACAGCCGCACACCGUCGCCUCCGACGCCGCCCCUCCAAAACCAGACCCCGAUUCAGAAACAACUGCCCCAGAUCCCGGCGGGAGUAGCCUCACUGCCUUCGACACGACAAACACACCUGCUGACCAAACUGAUGACACUGCCAAAGACGCUGCAACUGGCUCUCCUUCAGGGAUCCGCGGUGCUCUUAAAGUCCUGGAUGCUGAGGAAUCUGCCCCUCUAGUUGCAGACGUCCCCUCUCCUUUGCCUGUCACUCAUAUUCCUUCUACUCCCCCCAGUGUCGUGGCGCCGGUUUCAAAUGAUCUCUUCGCGUGGCCACCCGACAGGUACGACUUUCUAGCCCCUGACGCGCGGCGGCCCGUGAGUGCAGAUGUCGAGUUAGAGCUGACAAACGGGACAGAAAGACCCUCUUCGCCGCCCGCAGAGCUUAUUAGCUUAGAGAGCCCGCCCUCUGCCCCCUCUCUGCCCAAUGGAGACGGAGCAGACCUCCCCCCCUCUGGCCCAGUUCUGGAGGCGUCAGAGACUCUGGCCAAGACUGCUCCUCCUGUCAACGAUGAGAAGAUUUGUUCUGAUGAAAAAGGCAAACUGCAGGAGGCGGAGUUAUCAAAUGCCCUGACGGAGAUCGCAGCAGAACACAACAGUGUCUUACAGACAAAUACCACUGAGAGCAAAGCGUGAUGGGCCGGGGAAACCCUGCCCACGACAAAACAUUUUGCAGCAGCAAAUGAGCGGGAAACACGGCAGGAGUUUUGAUUUCCUCUUAACUCCACAUUCAAAACAACACACACGCAGAGCUGGGUUAGAGCGCACUCUGACAGUACUUUACGCUCUGGUUUCAUGCAUUAAAUGUUUACUACACCCAAGAAGUUUACCUUUAGAUGAGAGAUUUUUUUAAUUUUUUAAAUUGUUGUUUUAUUGAACCAGUCCGGAGGAUUAAGGACAAUCUCUUAUUAUAAUGAUCGCGUGGUAAAAAAAUGCAAUUAGACUCUACUUUCUGAUCGGCACAUUUAGUUUACAUUGCAGUUGCACACACAAGUUUUGGUUCACAAUGAGAAAUGUAAAAAGAACAAAUUACAACAAACUGACAUUAUAUAGAAAUUAUCUUUUUUAUUUUCAGUUUUACUGUUCAAAUGUAAAACUGUUUACGUUUCUAUUAUUUGGGCUCUUGAGUUGCAGGCGUGUCUCAUUUAUUAGCUUGUUCUGCAUGUCUGACCUGCAAGUGGUUGUGAAGUUUUGUUUACAAGGUUUAUUGUUUCACCUUUUCUCCAACAGGGAUGUUUCGUCUCUCACAGAUACGCUAGUAUUGAUUAAACAGACGUUUGGAAUAUAACCAUAUUUGCUAUUCGGUUAUGAAAGAUUAACCCGCAGCCAACUGCAGGGGGAAAGAGAUCGAGAGAGAAUCCCAACAGCAGUGUGCAUGAUCAGAUCAGAUUUGGCCCAUUUUAUGAUAAUAUAAUCAGUCCGUCUCUGCCUUACCACGGUGAUGGUGUUCAUUCAUUAAAUGUAUUUCAUAAAAAAAGAAAAGAAGAAAAAAAGCAACUUAUUGAACAUGAACGUCCACAGAAAGAACAAACUGCCUGCAGAACUGUUGAUUCUCAGCCGAGGGUUGAACAACCGUGAACCUUAAGAGCUCCAACUCAGUGUACAACUCGUGUUCGUUUCGGGGGGCGACAGCGACCGUUCCCUCCUCACAUUAGAUCCGAUUUAAGGUCUGGCUUCAUACUUUUGAGUUUUGCUUUUGAAGCCCAAAAAAAUUCAUAAAAUGAAAACUCCAAAAAGCAUUUCGUAGCCUACUAAUUAAAAAAAUUCCAAGGAUUUAUUUUCCAUUUCCUGCCUGCAAGCUUGUGCACUGUGCCUGUGUGUCAAUAGAUUGUCUUGUCAUCCGUUACUAUGAUAAUCUGCAUAGCUUUGUCGUGAGAGAUCUAGCCUAUUCUUUUUAUUUAAUAUAUUGUAUUAAUAGUGGAUACAUGGACUAAUGUGGUCAUUAUAACACGUGUAGUGUAUUGUCCGUCUCGGGUCACAGCACUAUGUAUCGCCAGCUAUAGUGAAGGAAGAUGUUUGGAGCCUUGGCAUGAAUUCAGUUUAUAACGUAAAGCUACAAGGCAGAUCGAAGUGCCCAUGUCUGUUUGGGGGAAAUAGUUCAACGAGUGUUACAUUCGGGGAUUGUUCAGCCAUUAUUACACAUUGUUUUUAUUUCUCUCCCCCAAUUGUUAUUCAAGUGUUCUGUAAUGUGGUCUUUGAAUUUCUUUUUCAAAUUUUUGUCUUUUUGUACAAAAAAAUAAUUCACCGAGAGCGACUGCUUGACAAGUUCAGGAUGAACAUUGACCGGAAGCAGGGUGGUCCCGUCUGAAACUGGAGAUUCAACAUUUUUGAAGAGAAAACAAAAGCUUUAGAAUAUAGAAAUCAAGAGUAAAACCCCAUAUCUGACAAGCUGUACGCCCCUGAGGGCCCCUGAGGGCCCCUGACCGCCUUGCUGCCGUGUCAAUGGACACUCCUUUUGGUUUCAUUGGGUCGAACUCAGAACAUAUCUGUGGUGUACAGUCUGAGAGCUAACCCAUUUACUAAAUAAAAAACUGGUUUCAGAAUCAAA